AUGUCGUCGUCGUUUGUGUGGGACCGAGACGUCUAUAGCGGCGGCUUUGUCCAUGGCCAGCGCUACACGCUGGACCCGGCGUCGCAGCAUGUGCCGUUGAACGCGACGCAGAGAGCGCUUCGUCCGCCUCGACCCAUUGUCCCUGCAAACUACGCCACGUUCAUUGGACUGCCCUCGUACCGCGACGGCAACCGCUGCGGCUUCACGCUCUUCACGGCCCUGUCGCGCGCGUCACGCCCUGAAUCCCUAGUGAUUGGUGUCGUCGAUCAAACCCGCGCCGGUGACGUUGCGUGCGUCGACGCCUACUGCAAACUUGCCGCCGCGCACUGGCCCACCGACACGACGUGCCGGUACCAAGAUCGCAUCCGCGUCGAUGCACGUGACGCGGCGGCGUCGACGGGUCCGAUCGCAGCGCGCACGCGUCACAUUUGCUACUUUGCCCACGCCGCGCUGUCGACGGUGCCCGACUUUGGAGCGAUUCUGCUCGACAACUCGAGUACGCCGCAGCUCGGCGCGUUCAUUGGCGCGGGCUUCCAGUUUAGCAAGUGCCACGCGCAGACGCGGGUGCCCCUCGAUGCGCGUCUGCGCUGGGUCUUCCUCGGGGAAGAGUUUUUGCGCUCGAUGCAGCUCUGGACGCACGGCUACGACAUCUACUCGCCGUCGCGGCAAGGCCACGUCGUCUUCCACGACGAGUCCCACCGCGGCCACAAUGGCUCGUUUGAUGAAAAUGUGCUCGACCCUGACGCACAUGACACGGAGCGCGACUUGUCGAUGAAUCGUGUGCGCCAGCAGCUGCACUUGCCCGUGCUGGGCGCGGCGGAUGAGACGGACGUGGAGACAUACUACCCGAAAGACCUUGUUCGGUCUGUGGACGCCUACCUCGCCUUUGCAGGCGUCUCCAACACGGAUCUCGCCAAGGACCACUGGCCCUGCGACCAGCUCCACUGGGUCCCGUACACCAACCCAGAGCCGAUCCAAGCGCUCGUACCAGGCUACGAGAUGGCCGACAUGCAGCGCAAAAACGAUGCUGCAUCGGUGUGCCUUGUGGCUGGCGUGGUUGUCGUGGCACUUGCGGCGGUGGUGGGUGGCUGCGUGCGGCGCUGUCGCCGCCAAGCGGUAGCCUAUACCCGCGUGGCCACCGAGGGCGAAGACGACACGUGUGAACUUGAACGGGCUUAA